AAAACAACCACAUAAUCGAUGAAUUUUUGCUGGCCCGCUGGUGGUAUCGAGAAUCAUUACUGUUGCUUGUUAUCCGACGCUUUACUGAUACGGCGAUAUGGUGUUUGCGCAAUGGACAGCCUUGAAUAUGCUUUACUCCGAGAGUCUGCGUGUGAAAGUGCAGGCUCAUGGUGGAAAUUAAAAUUUGAUAUUCAUAUACGCUGCAUUAAUGGGUUUAAACGCAUUCAGUUCCGGCUAAAGUUUUUAUACUCUUAUUACUUGUUAUUAAUACAUCCUUUUGACACCUUCUGUUGUAUGUACAGUAUUUCGUCUGGCUUUUGUAAAAUGCAAGUCAGUUAUUGACGCUGCAGAAGUUCCAAACAGGAGCAUAUUUUUGCAGUUUGCUGUUUGCAUAAUUAUUAUUAUUUUGAAUUCGGAUUUAUUGCCUCCUUUGAUUGUUUUGUGCAUCGGCGAUUCGGCAUCAUCAUUCUCAUAUCGCUUAUGCAACACUGGCUGAUUCUCUACUGUCUGCGGGAUUUUAGCGUUACAUGAUUAAUCGCAAUAUUUCGCGCUGUUUAUCUGUUCAUGAAUACUCGCAUUUUUAAUUACCAAUAUGAUUCCUCGGAUGCGCGCUGCGCUGCGCAAUGCAACUCCUACUGCAAACUGGACAUCACAGAUUUAUUAUCCUGGAUUCUGCCCAGAUAAUUUUUGGGAUACCGCAGUCACUUGGUACACAAAAGAUCCCGAUUUUACGGAAUGCUUCCAACGCACAGUUUUAAUAUGGGCGCCGUGUUUUUUUCUGUGGCUUUGUCUUCCACUUCAGUACUUCCUGCUGGGCUCAAGUCCUUACAGAAUACAGCGCUCGACAUGGCUAUCCACAGCAAAAAUUGCGCUGUCGGUGUUGUUGACACUGUUGUCAUUGCUGGAAGUGUUUUACGUUGCCCAUCUGAUGCGGGUUGGAGGAGUGGAGUCGGUUGCCGAUGUUUUGAUUGUCGCACCGAUAAUUAAAGCGGCAACAUUUCUAAUAACGGUCGGUUAUAUAUGGACCGACAAGAGGCAUGCUCGACCGUCGUCUGCUAUGCUUUUUGUUUUCUGGUUCCUGCUGGAAUUGGCUACCAUUAUUUCAUUUCGUACACGAAUCCGCCAGUAUCCGGACGAUGGAUUUUCAUCUGCUUCGGCAUCGGAACGGUUUCACUUUGUCAUGGAUAUGUUCUACCUGCCCCUGAUUACGGUGCAGUUUAUCCUGUCCUGUUUCGCGGAAAGAUUCCCAGAAUUGACUGCCGGUGUAGAGAAACCUUGUCCGGAACAGUAUUCCUCUUUUCUGAACAGACUGACAUUUUGGUGGCUGACAUCGCUGAUAUUCAAAGGAUGGAAGCGAGCCCUUCUGCGAACGGAUUUGUGGAGCUUGCAGCAAGAAGAUCUGAGCCAAACACACUGCAUCCGUUUGGCGAAAUUUUGGGGAAAGGAGGAGGCUCUAAUGCGCAAGUCUUCUGAAUAUGUAACGUCCGAUCCAGCUGCCUCAAAGAGGCCAUACAGCUACAAACCGUCGUUGACGAAAGCGUUAUUUAAAACCUUUUGGUUCGCACUGUUAUGUGGAGCGGUAUUGCGCCUGAUGAAUGACUUGCUGGUAUUCAUCGCACCGUCAUUAUUGAAGUUAUUGAUCCAGUUCGUGGAUGACCCAAGUCAAGAGGAAUGGAAGGGAUAUCUGUAUUCAGUGGCCAUGAUGGCCGGUUCAUUGGGACAAGUGUUCACUCUGGCACAUUAUUUCGUUCUGAGUCAACGCACUGGAAUGCACAUCAGAUCAGCCGUGGUAGCCGCGAUCUACAAAAAGGCUUUAAAAAUGACCAGUUCGGCUAAACGGUCGAGCACAUUGGGAGAAAUCGUCAAUCUGAUGGCAGUGGAUUCUCAGCGGUUUAUGGAUUUAAUGAGCCAUAUCCAGUUGUUGUGGUCAUCGCCUCUACAGAUUGCCAUCGCGUUAUGGAUGUUAUGGCAAGAAAUGGGUUUUGCGACGAUUGCCGGUCUGGGUGCUACGCUGUUGCUGAUUCCCUUUAACGCCUUUAUUGGUAGCCGAUCGCGAACGCUACAUGUAGCACAAAUGAAACAAAAAGAUAGCCGUAUAAAAAUGAUGAAUGAAAUCUUGAAUGGAAUGAAAAUUUUGAAAUUAUAUGCAUGGGAGGAGUCCUUUGAAAGUCAAGUGUUGGAUGUCCGGGAACAAGAGUUGAGAACAUUGAGGAAGGCUGCCUAUUUGAACUCCGUUAUGCACUUCGCGAUGCAGUUAUCGCCUUUCAUCGUGGCGCUGGUUACCUUUACAACAUUUGUGCUGAUCGACGCAAACAAUAUCCUGACGGCGGAAAAAGCUUUUGUGUCCCUGACAUUAUUUAACAUUCUUCGCCGACCGUUAGCAUUACUUCCGGAUGUGAUCACCGCCGUUAUUCAGGCCAAUGUUUCCGUUCAACGUGUGACGAAAUUCCUCUGUCAUGAUGAACUGGAUCCCGAUGCAGUGCGCGAAUUGGGAUUUGGACAUCCAAAUGCUGUGGAAAUUACCGAUGGGACAUUUUCCUGGGGGAAGGAUGAAAGUCCAUGUUUACAGAACGUGAACCUGACCAUCAAAGAUGGUCAGUUGACAGCAAUUGUUGGACAAGUUGGCUCAGGAAAAACAUCCCUCUGUGCCGCCAUGUUGGGAUUGCUUGAGAAAACAUCCGGGGAUGUCGGUGUGAAGGGCACAAUUGCUUAUGUUACACAACAAGCAUGGAUACAAAACAUGACCCUGCGAGAUAACAUUCUUUUCGGCAAACCAUUUGAUGAGCGCCGCUACCACAAGGUUAUCGAAGCCUGCGCUCUGCAACCAGAUCUGGCCAUGCUUCCGGGUGGCGAUCAAACGGAAAUUGGAGAAAAGGGCAUCAAUUUGAGCGGUGGACAGAAGCAGCGUGUUAGUUUGGCACGUGCCGUAUAUUCCGGAGCUGAUGUGUAUUUUCUUGAUGAUCCGUUGAGUGCCGUCGACGCUCAUGUCGGUAAACAUAUUUUCGAAAAAGUUAUCGGACCUUCUGGAAUCCUGUCACAUAAAACCAGAAUUUUGGUCACUCAUGGCAUUGGAUUUCUGCCGCGUACUGAUCAGAUUAUUGUGAUCGACAACGGUGGAAUAUCGGAGUUCGGGACAUACAAACAGCUGCUCCAUAAUAACGGUGCUUUUGCUGAAUUUGUUCGCACCUAUCUUGUUGAGGAGGCGGAAACCGCAGAGGAAACUGAUCCCGAUGAAGCGGCAGUGAAACAGGAUAUACUAAACGAGAUCGGCCGGGAACGUAACGGCAGUAUUGCUUCGCUGAGCUCCUCCUUAUCGAAAGUCCGCAAGGUUCUCAGACAGGAGUCCAGGCCAUCCAUCAAAGAGAAACUAUCGGAGAAACAUGCAGCAAACGGUGCUAUACCAAUGGCGGAACGAAAGCAAUCGAAAGCGAAAUUGGUCGCCGUCGAACACACGGAAAGUGGAAAGGUCAAGGCCGGGAUUUAUAUACUGUUCUUGAGGCACAUGACGUGGCCGAUCGUGUCCAUGGUGUUUGCUUUCUACAUUCUGUCGAAUGCGGCUAACGUUAGCACAAAUUAUUGGUUGUCGGCAUGGGCAAAUGAUAGUAAGGAUGCAGCGCUUGUGAGUGAUACCUCCCAGAGAGAUUACCGAUUGGGCGUGUAUGGAGCUUUAGGAGGACUGCAAGGUCUUUUCAUCUUUCUUUCCAUGAUAACACUGGCUUUUGGGCAACUAUACGCCAGCAGAAAACAGCAUGAAGGGAUGCUGAAGCGUAUUAUGCGAGCACCGAUGGCUUUCUUUGAUACAACUCCACUUGGACGAAUUGUCAACCGAUUCAGUAAAGAUGUUGACUAUGUGGACACUACAAUCCCGCAAAAUUUUCGAAUGUGGCUGAACUGUUUUUUCCAAGUCGCUUCUACGGCGUUUGUGAUUGUUUUCAAUCAGUGGCAGUUUAUUGCCGUCAUCAUUCCUCUGGGAGUUCUUUAUUAUGUUGUUCAGCGCUUCUUUAUUCCCACCAGUCGACAACUAAAACGUCUAGAGUCCGUGUCGCGAUCGCCAAUUUAUUCUCACUUUCAAGAAUCAUUAACCGGUGCCAGUGUUAUCGUGGCUCAGCGCCAAAUCGAUCGCUUUAUAUUGGAGAAUGAGCGUUUAAUGGACGUGAAUAAUCGGUCUUAUUAUCCUAGCAUAACUGCACAAAGAUGGCUGGCAGUGCGGGUGGAAGUUAUUGGGAUUGCUGCGGUUUUCUUCGCUGGUCUGUUUGCGGUAAUCGGUCGCGAUCGAGGCUGGGGAGUGGAACCGGAAAAGACCGGCAUGAGCAUCAGCUAUGCGCUCAACGUCACCCAAAUUCUCAACAUGAUGGUUCGCGUGGCCAGUGAACUGGAAGCGAAUAUUGUGUCUGUUGAACGAAUACAGGAAUAUACCGAAAUCGAGCAAGAAGCUCCGUGGGUGAUUGAAAGCAAGAGACCAGACCCGGCGUGGCCUGCCGCUGGACACGUUGCUUUUAACGACUACCAAACUCGGUACCGACCGGGUUUGGAUUUGGUGCUGCGUGGCGUAUCCUGCGAUAUCGGCAGCGGACAUAAAGUGGGAAUUGUGGGCCGGACGGGUGCCGGCAAGAGUUCUCUUACCAUGUCGCUCUUCCGCAUCAUCGAAGCCGCUGGCGGCUCCAUUGUCAUCGAUGACCAUAAUAUUGCCGAUAUGGGACUGCAUGAUCUUAGAUCUCGUUUGACAAUCAUUCCUCAGGAACCGGUUUUAUUUAGUGGAACGCUGCGCCUGAAUCUCGAUCCUUUUGGCGCAUAUCAAGAUGAAGAAGUAUGGAGAGCUCUGGAGAAUGCGCAUUUAAAACGUUUUGUUAGCAGUUUACCGAAUGGACUGCAACAUACAGUCGCCGAAGGCGGAGAAAAUCUUAGUGUCGGACAGCGGCAGUUGAUCUGCUUGGCAAGAGCAUUAUUGCGAAAAACAAAAAUUCUCAUACUGGACGAAGCAACGGCAGCAGUGGAUCUGGAAACAGACGCAUUGAUUCAGAAUACCAUUCGGGAAAAGUUUGGUGAUUGCACGGUGCUCACCAUUGCCCAUCGACUGAAUACGAUCAUGGAUAGCACACUGAUUAUGGUCCUGGAUCAGGGAAUGGUUGUGGAAUUUGCUCCUCCCAGUGCGCUAUUAGCGGAUAGGAACACAAUCUUUUACGGUCUUGCCCGAAGUGCAAAUUUGGCCCCGGUUGGAAUGAUCACCGCCAAUGCCUGCAAAUCGCAACUGCUAAGAUGUAGCGUUCAGCGGAGUUAUUUACGGAAUAUUCUGGAUUUGGAAAGCACCUUACAGCUGCGUUGUUCUUGGAUCGUUCUGUCUGCAGUCGGAAAUUAUUUUGGUCGCAGAAUCUGCUGGAUUCCAUCUUUUGGCAGCAUGGAAUCCAUCUCCCAAGGUUUACAACCGAAGAACGGAACAUCUCAUCCGUUUCCACAAGGAUUUUGUGCGGAUUACUUUUGGGAUUUAUCAGUGACUUGGUACACGCACAAUCCGGAUUUCACGGAGUGUUUCCAGAAAACGGUCCUGGUGUGGGUACCAUGUUUUUUUCUUUGGUUGAUGCUGCCAGUGAAAUCGUAUCAGGCCAGCAACGGGAUUUACCGCAUCAAGAGAUGGACGGCUGUGUCGACAGCCAAAAUGGCGAUAUCUCUGCUCCUGGUAUGUGUUUCCUUAUCCCAGUUCUUUUUCGUGGCGCAUGUAUGGAGAACGCGGAGUUUAACAGAAGUUCCAGCCGUGAAUUUUAUCGAGCCGAUGAUGAAGAGCGUAACAUUUAUGAUUACCGCAGUUUUUGUGUUUAUCGACAAGCGUCGAGCGAAUCCGUCUUCGGCGAUUUUAUUUGUUUUUUGGUUGUUGAUGUUCCUCACUGGAGUUGUGAGAUUUCGCACUGUAAUCGAAAGUGCAGUUAACAAGGGAAUUGAAGACGUCUUCCCCUUUGUUUUGGAGGUGGUGUAUUUUCCACUGGUUGUUGCGCAGUUCAUACUUGCAUGUUGCGCAGAACAUUUUCCCGAGUUACAAAGUGGCGAGAAGAAUCCUUGUCCAGAGAGGUUUUCUUCGGUUCCCAAUCGAAUUAGCCUUUGGUGGUUCACAUCAUUGGUUUAUCAUGGUUGGCGGAAACCGUUAACACAAGCUAAUUUGUGGGAUGUUCAGCCACGUGACCGAACCAGAGUCCAUUCACAACGCCUGGAAACAAACUGGCUCCACGAGGUGGACCGAAUGCAUAAAUCGGCACCAGAUUUUUCCACGCCGGAAACUGCCAAACAACGUAAAAAGCCGUACCAGCCGUCGCUGACAAAGGCGUUGUUCAAGUCAAUAUGGGAGCGGUUCAUUCUGACAGCUUUUUUGCGUAUCGUCAACGAUGCAUGCGUUUUUGUUGCACCACAGGUUCUCAAGUUGCUCAUUGGAUUUGUGUCCGAUGGAACUCAAGAAUCGUGGAAAGGAUAUUUGUAUAUCGGUGCAUUGUUUGCUGGAUCAUUUCCACAGAUUUUGUUGUUCAACAAUUACUUCUACGUCAGUCAUAUAACGGGAAUGCAUAUGCGGUCAGCACUAAUAAAUCUCGUUUAUCAGAAGGCAUUAAAACUGUCAAAUGCUGCUAAACGUGCCAGUACAACCGGUGAAAUCGUUAACUUGAUGUCAGUGGAUAGUCAGAUAUUUUCUGAACUGAUCGGUCGUAUUCAGAUUCUUUGGUCGGCUCCCAUACAGAUUUGUGCCGCGGUGUUCUUCCUUUGGCAAGAACUUGGACCAUCUGUGUUGGCCGGUCUGUUGGUUAUGGUCUGCUUAAUACCAAUCAAUGCUAUUAUCAUACGCAAAUUGAAGACUUUGCGGAUUGGAAAUAUGAAAAACAAGGACUCCAGAAUUAAAAUGAUGACGGAAAUCCUUACCGGGAUUAAGAUUCUGAAGUUGUAUGCUUGGGAGGAGUCGUUUGAAAAGCAGAUCCUGGAUGUCAGAGAACGAGAGUUGAAAACUUUGUUCAAGAGUGCGUAUAUAAAUGCGGUGUCCGGUUUUAUCUCCAUCCUUUCGCCGUUCAUGGUAGCGAUCGUUAGCUUCACGACAUAUGUGAUGGUCGACUCGGCAAAUGUUCUGACACCGGAAAAGGCUUUUGUCAGUUUAUCGUUGUUUAACAUUUUGCGUCAACCUGUGAACAACUUACCGGAUGUCAUCACUGCUGUAAUUCAGGCGCAAGUUUCUGUUGGACGAUUGACAAAAUACUUUCUAAAUGAUGAACUGGACCCGCACAAUGUACAAGUUGUAUCCGACAGCACCGUUACCAAUGCGUUGUCCAUUCGCAGUGGAACCUUUGCAUGGGAAACGGCAAAUAAUCCUUGCCUGGUGAAUAUUAAUCUCGAUAUACCAGAAGGAGAUCUGGUGGCCAUUGUGGGACAAGUGGGAGCCGGAAAAUCGUCGUUAUGCGCUGCCGGGCUGGGAUUGAUGGAGAGAGUUUCAGGAGCGGUUGUUCGCAAAGGAUCAGUGGCAUAUGUGUCACAACAAGCAUGGAUUCAAAAUUUGACUUUGAAAGACAACAUUCUAUUUGGCUGCGAAUACAAUGAAGAGCUGUACAAAAGGGUGAUCGAAGCAUGCGCUUUACAACCCGAUUUGGACCUUCUGCCAGCUGGAGACAUGACGGAAAUCGGAGAAAAGGGAAUUAAUCUCAGUGGUGGACAGAAGCAGCGUGUUAGUUUAGCGAGAGCUGUUUACAGCAAUGCAGAUAUAUACGUUUUGGAUGAUCCAUUAAGCGCUGUCGACGCCCAUGUUGGGAAGCACAUCUACGAUAAAAUUAUCGGCAACAAUGGGAUGUUAGCCGGCAAGACCCGAAUCCUGGUGACUCAUGGUAUCGGUUUCCUUCCAAGAAUGGACCAUAUCGUGGUCCUGACUAACGGCUCCAUCUCGGAAACGGGAACCUACCAGCAGUUAUUACACCGAAAAGGCGCUUUUGCUGAUUUCCUUACUACUUAUCUCACCGAAGAGAAGCAUGCGGAAGACGAUCCCGAUGCGUUGAUUGUCAAGGAGCAAUUGAUCCAGGAAAUCGGGGAAAAACCGGCGUUGCAGCGAGGAUUAUCCCAGACAUCGCAGUCGUCCAUGAGAAAGAUCAAAGCGGCCUUGCAAAAACGCGAGUCGAUUGAGAAUCGCCGGGAAUCUGUGGAGAAGAAGGCACUUUUGGAGAAUAAAGAGAUGCCAACGAAAGGUCCCGGUGUCGGAGGACGGGGCAAAGGCAAGCUGGUGGAAAAGGAAAAGUCGGAGACAGGAAGUGUCAAAUGGAAUGUUUAUAUGAUGUAUUUGAAGCAAGUAACGUUUCCGGUGGCCAUGGGUGUGCUUGUGUUGCACAUCUUUUCCAAUGCAUCAGCCGUGGGCACGAAUGUUUGGCUAGGGGAAUGGUCGGAAGAUUCUAUUCAAGGACGCAACAGUACUGCAAUGAGGGAUUUCAGAUUAGGCAUUUAUGGUUUGCUGGGAGCCGUGCAGGGUGCUUUUAUUCUGGGAUCGACAUUUGUUCUGGCUUAUGGACAGAAUUUAGCGGCAAGACGCCAGCACGAAGGCAUGCUGAAGCGUAUCAUGCGUGCUCCGAUGGCAUUUUUUGACACGACUCCCCUGGGACGCAUAAUCAACAGGUUCAGCAAGGAUAUCGAUGUUAUUGACGGAACCAUUCCGAUGAAUUUUCGCAUGUGGAUGGCUUGUUUCUUCAACGUUAUUUCUACCGUUGCUGUGAUUUCCUUUAAUACUCCCGCAUUUUUGGCGGUGAUUUUGCCUUUGGGCCUACUGUACUACGCAAUUCAGCGGUUUUAUAUCCCAUGUAAUCGGCAGCUAAAGCGCCUGGAAUCGGUGUCCCGUUCUCCGAUUUAUUCCCAUUUCCAGGAGUCGCUUACUGGCAGCACAUUGAUUGUGGCUACUCAGUCCAGUGAACGAUUUGUACAACAGAACGAGCGGUUAAUGGACUAUAGCAACAAAUCGUAUUUUCACACUCUAGCUUCUCAACGGUGGUUGGCGAUUCGAGUUGAAUUGCUGGGGCUCUGUAUUACCAUAUUUGCUGCGCUGUUUGCGGUUAUCGGACGUGAUAAGGACUGGGGCAUUGGGCCGAAGAAUAUUGGUUUAUCCAUCAGCUACGCAAUGCAGGUCACAUCGACGCUGAAUUGGUUUGUCAAUAUCUCAAGUAAUCUGGAAGCCAAUAUCGUCUCAGUUGAACGAGUCAAGGAAUAUUCGGAAAUCAGUGUCGAGGCACCGUGGGUUAUUGAAAGUAAUCGACCCCAGCCGGAAUGGCCAGUUGAAGGUCAAGUGAAGUUUGAAAAUUAUCAAACACGGUAUCGCCCUGAACUUGGGUUGGUGUUGAAGGGGAUCCAUUGCCAGAUUAAAGGUGGAGAAAAGGUGGGCAUUGUUGGUCGAACUGGAGCCGGAAAAAGCUCGCUGACCUUGGCCCUUUUCCGCAUUAUUGAGAGCAGUGGUGGUUCCAUUGUUAUUGACGAUAAAGACAUUUCCCUGAUGGGCCUACAUGAUCUCAGAUCGCGUUUAACUAUCAUUCCUCAGGAACCGGUUUUGUUCAGUGGAACUUUGCGGAUGAAUUUGGAUCCCUUUCAAAGCUAUACAGACGUGGAAUUGUGGAAUGCGUUGGAUAACUCUCACUUGAAAGGUUUUGUUAGCACGUUACCUUCGGGGUUAGAGCACAUUGUAGCGGAAGGAGGAGAGAAUCUCAGCGUUGGACAACGCCAGUUAAUUUGUCUUGCACGUGCUCUGCUACGGAAAACAAAGAUUUUGGUACUUGACGAAGCUACGGCUGCUAUUGAUAUGGAAACCGACGCGUUGAUUCAGCAGACCAUUCGUGAAAAAUUUGCCGAGUGCACGGUUUUAACAAUUGCCCAUCGCCUGAAUACCAUUAUGGACAGCACACGGAUUCUGGUGUUGGACCAAGGAGUUGUCAGGGAAUUUGAUUCACCCGAUAACUUACUACAAGAUCAGACAAGCGUUUUCUAUGGACUGGCGCGUAGUGCAAAUUUGAUUCCCACUUCCGGCGUGAUAGAUUCGGCCGAAAGGUUAUAACAAAGGCCUGAACUUUAAUUCCUGUGAUUUUCCCGCUUACUCCGUCACAUCUAUACCGGUGCAUUAAUUUUUUAUGGAAACUUGAAUAGAUGAAAUAUUUAAUGCUGUGCCAGCUUCUUUUGGCAGCCUGAUUUAUUGUAUGUUUGUAUAUAUUACAAAAUUGACAUUCAGUAAUUUAUUACUAGAUGGUACAGUCAGAGUUAGUGAUGCUGGUGCUGUAAAAAAUUUUAUUUUAAUUUUUAAAUGUGUACGUUAAUAACUACGACUCAGUAGUUGGGCUGUACUGUUCGAACUGUGAAUCUGGCUCCGAGCUUUGCAGAAAUUAGUACUACGAGUAGUACUUAUGUAAUGGGCCGAAGCAACGUGGAGCACUCAUAAAAAGCAAUAAAACAAAGCGGAUUG